AUUCCCCGUUGCCCACUCUCCUCUCCUCACUCCUGUCUAUUGCUACUCAUAAAGGUCAGCAUGCCUCAGCACCAAAAGAAUCCACAAUGCUUAUAUGAUCAGUGCUUUCAGACCUGCAGUGAGAUCCAAGAUAUGGAGGUUGGCCAGGUCUCCAAGACUCUGCAAGAGACCCAUCUGUCCUCUUAUCCUCUGAUACCUGGCAGUUCCAAGGAGGCUCCUGAUGCUGGUAAACCCAGUACCCCUGAGAGUCAUCAGAGUUUCUGCUCAUCUUCCAUCGCCAUGACAACCACCUCAUCAGGUGAAUUGAAUGAGGGUGCCAAUGGCCAAGAAGAGGAGGUUGGCACCUCAUGGGCUGGGCCCACCCCCAAGAAUGUUCCCAUACGUGCUCUAGAUGAGAAAGUGAUUUCAUUGGUCAAUUUCAUGCUCUUCAAGUAUCACAUGAAAGAGCCCAUGACAGAGGCAGAUAUGAAGGUCGUCAUCAAAGAGUAUGAAGACCACUUCACCGAGAUCUUCCUGAGAGCCUGUGAGCACAUGGAGAUGGUCUUUGGCCUUGAUGUGAAGAGAGUGGAUCCCACCAACCACUGUUAUGGCCUCUUCAUCAAAUUGGGCCUCACCUAUGAUGGGGUGCUGGAUGGUGAAGAGGGCAUGCCGAAGACCGGCAUCCUGAUCUUUAUCCUGGGUGUGAUCUUCAUGAAGGGCAACAGUGCCACCGAAGAGGAAGUCUGGGAAGUUCUGAAUUUGACGGGGAUAUAUGCCGGGCAGAAGCACGCCAUCUUUGGGGAGCCCAGGGAGCUCAUCACCAAAGAUUUUGUGAAGGAAAAGUACCUGGAGUACCGGCAGGUGGCCAACAGUGAUCCGGCACAGUUUGAAUUCCUGUGGGGCCCGAGAGCCCACGCUGAAACCACCAAGAUGAAAGUCCUGGAGUUUCUGGCCAAGGUUCAUGGGACUGACCCGAGCUCUUUCCCAUCUUCGUAUGAGGAGGCUUUGCAAGAUGAAGAAGAGAGCGCCCGAGCCAGAAUUUCGGCCUGGUCCACUUCUACUUCUGGGGCCACUGGGCCUUCUAGGGCCAAGUCCCGUCAUUUCUCUUGCUCCUAG